AUGAGUACAUUGGAUGUAGCUAGAACAGAGCUUGCUCUUGCGGUUUUGUAUCUGAACAAAGCUGAAGCCAGGGACAAGAUAUGCAGGGCAAUCCAAUAUGGUUCAAAAUUUGUCAGUAAUGGAGAGCCAGGCACAGCCCAAAAUGUCGACAAAUCCACCAGCUUGGCACGAAAAGUGUUCCGUCUGUUUAAGUUUAUAAAUGAUUUGCAUGCUCUUAUUAGUCCAACUGCUCCAGGAACUCCACUUCCUCUGAUUUUGUUGGGAAAGUCUAAAAAUGCAUUAUUGUCCACGUUCUUGUUUCUUGAUCAAAUUGUGUGGCUUGGCAGGACUGGCAUAUACAAGAACAAAGAGAAAACGGAACUAAUUGGAAGGAUAUCCCUUUUCUGUUGGAUGGGCUCUUCAAUUUGUACCACUCUUGUCGAGAUUGCGGAACUUGGGAGGCUUUCAGCUUCAAUGAAGAAGUUAGAGAAGGAACUUAAGAACACGAAUAAAUACAAGAAUGAGCAGUACCGCAGCAAGCUUCAAAAGUCAAAUGAGAGGUCUCUAGCCUUGGUUAAAGCAGGCAUGGAUAUUGUUGUUGCAGCUGGGUUGCUUAAACUGGCACCCAACAAGAACAAAGAAAAAACGGAACUAAUUGGAAGGAUAUCCCUUUUCUGUUGGAUGGGCUCUUCAAUUUGUAACACUCUUGUCGAGAUUGCGGAACUUGGGAGGCUUUCAGCUUCAAUGAAGAAGUUAGAGAAGGAACUUAAGAACACAAAUAAAUACGAGAAUGAGCAGUACUGCAGCAAGCUUCAAAAGUCAAACGAGAGGUCUCUAGCCUUGGUUAAAGCAGGCAUGGAUAUUGUUGUUGCAGCUGGGUUGCUUAAACUGGCACCCAACAAGGUCACUCCUCGUGUAACAGGUGCCAUCGGAUUUGGUAGCUCGCUCAUCUCUUGUUAUCAGUUGCUUCCAUCACCAGUGAAGGCCAAGACACCCUGA